AUAACGCGUUCCACCAAACACCUUUCUAUCUGGUUUGUUUAUUUUAACGGGUUUUAUUUUGAAAAAAAAAAUGGAUAAUGAAAAUAUGGUUAAUGUUAUUUUAGAACCUCUUUUGUUUGAUAAGGACUGUUUUUCAGAUCCUGGAGUGAAAGAACUCCAAGAGGCUUUAUUCCCUGCAGUAAAUACUCCGAAAAUUAAUAAUGCCGGAGGUUUUUUAACAAAUUUCCUUUUAAAAUUUACUGGUACUGGACAAGAAGAACGAGCCGGCGAUACGCAAUUUACUUACAAUAAAGAUCCCAAAGAUCUAUUUUCAAUAAUAAAAGAACCAGGAACUGCAAUUCAAUCACCACGGUGGCCCACGGAAUGUCAGGUUCUUGAAGAGCGUAUUAGACAUAUUCAGUAUGUUCCUCCAUCUCCACAUCCCUAUUAUAAUCCUUCAGGAGAUGAAAUUCAACCUAAACCUGUAGGAGAAGAAUGUGGAAUCAUAGUUUAUCAGUAUUAUCCCAUCAGUGCAGUAAAUUAUUUCAGUCGAUCAAGUAUUGGAGGUAGUAGGUAUCUCCUUCCCACCUGUCCUUGUCCCGAACAAGAGGGUCUUCGAUUUGAGUCCCGAUUCGAAUGUGGGAAUUUAGCCAAAGCCAUAAGAAUUACGUCCACGUUUUACGAGCUUCAUCUCAGAACUGAUCUUUACACCAACAAACACAUGCAAUGGUUUUAUUUUCGAGUAAAGAAUACCAGAAAAGAAAUUCUUUAUCGCUUUUCGAUAGUAAAUAUGACUAAAGAUGGUAGUCUAUUCAACGAGGGUCUUAAACCCCUCCUGUAUUCAGAAAAGGACGCAAAUUUGUUUGAAAUAGGUUGGAGAAGAUUUGGAAAUAAUAUCACAUACUUUUGCAACGACAAUAAUGAUAGUAAUGAUGAAGAUCAGCAAAAUACUUAUACCUUAACAUUCACAUUUGAGUUCCCCCACGAUGAUGACGUUUGUUAUUUUGCAUACAGUUACCCAUACACGUACUCUGAUUUACAAGAUUACCUAUUGGAAUUGUCAAACGAUCCAUACAAAUCGUCCUUUACUACAUUGAGAUUACUCUGCAAAACUCUAGCCGGAAAUAACGUUUAUUAUAUCACAAUUACGUCUCAAGAAGAAAACACUAAGAAAAGCGACGUCGAAAAUGAAGAAAAUGUUAAAGAAGGAACGAAAAAGAAAGCUGUUGUGAUAACAGCUAGAGUUCAUCCAGGCGAAACUCCAUCGUCUUGGAUGAUGAAAGGUUUUUUGGAUUUUCUAACGAGUGAUAACAACACUGCCAAGGAACUGCGUGACAAGUUCAUUUUUAAACUUGUGCCAAUGCUAAAUCCCGAUGGCGUAAUUGUUGGUAAUAAUCGAUGCUCUUUAACUGGAAGAGACCUCAACAGACAAUAUAGGACAGUUAUAAGGGAAACCUACCCUUCCAUCUGGUACACGAAGCUUAUGAUAAGAAGACUGUUGGAAGAAUGUGGAGUUGCCAUGUAUUGUGAUUUGCAUGCUCAUUCAAGAAAACAUAAUAUAUUUGUGUAUGGUUGUGAAAAUCGACGGGGCCAAGAAAAAAAACUGCACGAGCAGGUAUUUCCACUGAUGCUAAGAAAAAAUACACCUGACAAGUUUUCUUUUGAAGAUUGUAAGUUUCGAGUUCAGAAGAACAAAGAAGGGACUGGAAGAAUAGUGAUGUGGAUGAUGGGGAUUCAAAAUAGUUACACCAUGGAAGCAUCUUUUGGUGGAUCGUUGAUGGGCGGCAGGGCUGAAACCCACUUUACAACACAGGACUACGAGCAAAUGGGCAAAUUCUUUUGCCAAACUCUUUUAGAUUUUUGCGACGAAGAUCCCAGAAAGGAGCGACUUCGGGUAAAGAUUAUAGAAAGACUUUUAAAGGAAGGAUCAAAUGCUGACGAACCAACAAACAUUGUACUUUCAGACUAUUCCAGUGACGAUGGCGAGACAAGCAGCAGCUCGUCAGAUGAGGGUGGCGGUCCAAGUGAUAACUAUAUUUCCGUAAUAGUUCCACCACCAACUCCGGAGAUGACAAAAAAGAAUAUCAAACCAAAAACGUGCAAAAUAUCCAAGUUGAACACCAAACCAAAAGCAAAAACUGCAAGUGCGAAACCUCAAAGGCGAACCAUUACAAUGUCAACUUCAAACAUAAAUCUCCCUUCCAACUACAACGGUUCGAGUUCAGGAUCCGACUCUGACGAAGAUUCAAGUGAAAAAGAAACGACAACUCUAAGACGUCCCAAAAAACAUCACAAGAAAAAAAAGCGCAAGAAGAAGAAGAAAAAAGAAGUCGAAGAACAAGAAGAAGUACCAUCUCCGAAAACGUUGUCCGUCUUAGACAUACUUUCCUUCACUAAGUUUAGAAGUAUAAACUGGAAUCGAUCAACACCAAAAUUAGCAUCUGUAUACAGGACAUAUUCCGAUUACAAAAUUACUAAAUCGGCGUCAUUACAAUUAGCAGAAGUUCAAGUAAAAUUAUUAUCCCUACAAAACAGACUCUGGAUGGGGGCUGAAGGCGAUAUGGCGGAUGAACCACUCUCAUGGGGCCCUUCCAACAUUUAUCCUCCCAAUCGAACAUCUUCAGAAAAGACCGUGAAGCAAAAGAAAAAAACUGACAAAAAGAAUGAGGAAUAUUUGGUCAAUUAA